AACUUUUUACAUUUUAACUAAAUUACUACUCAACUCAAAUAAUAUCUUAAGCAUAAGCAUUAUCGUAUUUUUAAAUGCAACGUUUAAGCAUAGCUUUUAUUCUCAUCAGUUAUAGAAGCGUUAUUUAUAGCACAAUAUUUAUAAAACUUGAGAGAUACUGGAGAUCUCAGAUGAAAUUAAGUGUUUAAUUGUCCAAUCGUUGCGUGAGUGUUUAUCAUUGCAGAAUUGAGUGUCAUGAAAUAAAAAAGAAGUAUAAAAGGAUCAAGACUCCGUGGACAUUGUACUCUCAUUCCGCGAUUGAAUUUUGAAUGGAAGAAGUGUUCACAGAUCACGAGAAUGGAUUUCAUCUUUUUGGCACUAUACACUCUUUGCAUUAUUGUGAUUUACGCAGUUUCGUCGAUAGUUCAUCAUGAGUAUGUUCUUCGACAGAAACUUAAAAAUAUUCCCCAUACCGGCGGAUAUCCUCUUAUUGGAAUGACAUUUGAGCAACUGACACUGUCGGAGUAUGAACGCAUAACGUGGCUUUUAAAAUUUAUGGAGAAGUCUAAAGAAGGAAUAUUUGUACAGUGGAUUGGAAGCACGCCCUUUGUUGUCGUGUACAAACCAGAAUAUUUAGAGGUUAUUCUUUCGAGCACUGUAAAUAUCACAAAAGGGAUCCCUUAUGAUAUUAUAAAAGAAUGGUUGGGUAACGGACUUUUAACUUCUACAGGAAAACAAUGGACCCACGAUAGAAAACUGAUUGGGCCAACGUUUCAUUUUAGUAUAUUAGAUCAAUUUGCUAUAGUUCUCUCUGAAAAAGCAGAGAUCUUAACAAAGUGUAUUGAAAGAAAAAUAGAGAAAGAUUCUGGGAAAGCCUUUGAUAUUUUUCCCUUUAUUGUCAAUGCUGCUCUUGAUAUUAUUUGCGAAACAGCAAUGGGUGUGAACUUACAUGCUCAAGAAGGCACAACCGCAUAUGCAUCAGCAACACGAAUAGCAUCCAAGUCAAUAAUGGACCGACUACUUCAACCGUGGUGCUGGAUUAAUUGGUUGUAUUAUUUAAUGCCUUCAGGAAAGCAGUUCAAAUCAGCCCUUGAUACAUUGCAUGGAUUUACGACAGAGGUAGAAGAAAGAAAGAAAUUUAAAAUAAUGUCAGCAUUUUUAUAAAUUUUUCAUAUUAUUUUGGUUAAAGUAUUUAAAUAUCUACAAUAAACAUAAUAAAAAGAAGGAUGUUAAAAAUUAAAAGUCGAUUUUCCGACUACAAAAGGAACCUAAAA